ACUCGCAUUUCGGAAGCUGUCAGCAUCCUCGAAAAGCUUACUCAUGCCGUGUCUACGCUCGGCUUAUUCUCCGACAAUGAGGAGGUAGAAGAUCUUGCGACUUCUUCCAUUCCGUUUCUUCUCAUCCCUUGCUACCUUGGUGUCGCUCAUCAUAAUACCACAACAGAGCCUAGCCAUCGUGCCGACCAAUUGCAACUUGCCAAGGUUUAUUACCGCGAUUUCUUGAAGCGGCUACGCAGUUAUGGCUUCGAGUUUGAACGCGACUACUUUUUCGUUGAAGGAGGACAU